AUGAUUUUCUCCACCAACAAUUUCCCAUUUAAGAUCAACCCUGUUCGCAAAAGAUUUCGAAUAAUCUUCAUCCCCAUAACAAUAUGGCUAUUAGUCAUUACAUACUUCAUCCUGAAAGCAGAUUAUACCCAUCUUCAUCCUGAUUCCCCACAAAUAGUACACGACAUUCAACGACAAAAUGCAUUCGCCACAAACCCUAAAGAUGUAACAGUUGAAGAUUAUACAGCGGAUCCUGCAUAUUUAAAGUUAUCUACAGAAUAUAAUGAUUUACGAGAAAUAGAUGAAAUAACUUCUGGGGUAUAUGAACAGAUAUUUAAUCAUCAUUCAAUAAGCUCAGUAUUAGGAAACCUAGAUUUUCAUGAUCGUUGUCAAUUAUUCUUCAAAAAUUUAUUAAUUAAUGAUGCAAAUUGGUAUUAUGAUAUUCAUAGAAAUAGGGAAGUGAAAUAUAAUACUGAUACAUAUCGAGAUUUUAAACAAGCUAGACUUGAAGAAUUGAGAAACCAACAGAAAGAAGAGACCAAAGCAGUUGAAGAAAAACAGAAGGAUGAGAUAGAAGAGAAAAUAAGGAAAGAAUACGAAGGGAUAUGGAAUAAGCAAGUGGAACGUACUUUCACAAAUUGGGUUUCCGUAUUCCGUAUAUUUAAUAAAUGUUACGUCACAGACAAUAAUAAUACUCAAACUGCGCUGGUCAAGCGUCAUAUCAGUCAUCAAAAGAAGGUAUUAAAUCUGGCGGGUAGUACUGGUAAUUUCGCAUCCACAGAAAGCGAGGAUAGAACUAAUGUUGGAGAUGAUGGAAGCUUGUUUGAACAUAGAGUAUAUCCUUGGUUAUCAUUUGAUUACCCUGUAUAUGAACAUUGGACAGGAAGUAAAUUCUAUCAACCACCAAACAUGAAAACCCUCAACAAACAAGAGAAAGCUAAAAGAUCCCGUGAGUCAUUCUUAAAAGAGUUCAAGAAAGCCACUAAUGGAAAAGGGAUAGUAUUGACUAUCCCUGAAUCUGACGUAGAUACUACCGUUAAUUUAAUCCACUUAUUACGAGCUUUGAAGAAUGAAUUACCUAUUCAAAUUGUCUCCUAUGAUGACUUAUCAACUGGAGCCAAAGAAAAGUUAGUCAAUGCAGCCAGGGACGAUUUUAUUGUUUUCCCCCAAUCAUUUGACAAAGUAUCGUAUAUGUUCGCACCCGAAUAUAGAUCAGGCGGGUUACCUAAACAAGAUAUCUGGCUCGUUAACGUUUAUCAGACCAUCCAUCCUGAUUUCAGAACAAAAUUCUACCACUGGUAUAAUAAAUUCUUAGCCAUGAUGUUUAAUUCAUUCGAAGAAUUUAUUUUAGUCGAUAAUGAUGCUGUCCUUUUACAAAAUCCAGAAUAUUUCUUCAAUUUACCCGGAUAUAAAUCUACUGGCGCAUAUUUUUAUCGUGAUCGUUCAUUAGGAAAACUUCAUUCUGAAGAGAGGGUUNAAUCAUUAACACCAAAUGUCAUAGAUUCGAUGAUGUUUGAUAUACCCAUGGUUACUAACUAUACCCUUCAAUUAGAAUCAUUCAGAAGGCAAUAUCACAUGCAAGAAUCUGGCGUAGUCGUAUUGAAUCGAGAUAUCCACUAUUCAUCCCUUCUUAUGAUCCUUCAGGUAAAUUUCUUUGACCUGUUAAAACGACGAUCUCAUGGAGAUAAAGAAUUGUUCUGGCUAGGAUUUGUCAUGAAUGGAGAUGAAUCAUUUAAAUUCAAUAGUAAUUUCGCUGGGGUGGUUGGAGAAGUUACACCAGAACCGGAAAUAAGACACCGUCCAGAUGGGACUGCACAUCAUUCGAAAGAAAUCUGUAGCGCACAUCCCGCACAUAUAGAUGGAGAUGAUAAUCAUACUUUAGCCUGGAUAAAUUCCGGGCUUAACUAUUGUCUGAAAAUUGUGAAUUAUGAAAAAGAAUUCAAGGAACAAGGUCCAAGAUUGAGGAUUGAUAACCUGGAUGCUUUCAAAACCUUUUACAAAGCUCCUUUAAAGAUCAAGCAAGCGAUCGUACCUCCAGUAGAUCCCGAGUUUAAACCGAGGUCCAAUAGGAAUAAUGAACCUUCUGUCCCAUGGAGGCAUAGAGCAUUUUGUAAGAAUUAUAUGUACUGUGCAUAUUCUAGUAUUGGCGGUGUGCAGAAAGAUGGUGGAGAAAACUAUUUGGAGGGGAAAUUUAUAGAAUAUGCUGAAUGGGAACAAGAUUUAUUUCAAUAUUAUGGGGAUAUUUGGGUAGGAGUUGAAUAG